GUCAACGUCACUUGUAUUGUAUAGCUCCACAAUGGCGGAGGAAAGGGUUUUGGAUAAAGGGUCAUCCUUUAUGGAUCCCUUUAAAGGACUUCUGUUGUCAUAUAUUAUGCCAGAAACAUGUUACGACGAGUUCUUUCUUAACUUCAACUUCCUGGACGUACCAUGUCUGAAGAUUGUACUGAGCAAAUGCCUGGGGCUCGGCAUCAUUCUGGGAUCAGUGAUGGUGAAGCUGCCUCAGAUCUUCAAGCUGCUGGGAGCAAAGAGCGCUGAGGGGCUGAGCUUCAAGACCGUGCUGCUGGAGCUGCUGGCCAUCACAGGAACAAUGGCCUACAGUAUCAUCAACAAGUUCCCUUUCAGUGCCUGGGGCGAGGCUCUCUUCCUCAUGCUGCAGACAGUUGUCAUUGGCUUCCUCAUUCAGCACUAUGGAGGAAGAACCAGCAGAGGUCUCGUGUUUCUGGUUGUGUAUUCCGGCCUGCUGGUCCUCCUGCUGUCUCCUGUGACUCCUGUGUCUGUGAUCACCUCUUUACAGGCGUCUAACAUGCCGGCCAUCAUCAUCGGCAGGCUGAUCCAGGCAGCCGCAAACUACCGUAAUGGGCACACUGGCCAGCUGUCUGCCAUCUCUGUCUUCCUGCUGUUCGCUGGAUCCCUCGCCCGCAUCUUCACCUCACUACAAGAAACUGGAGACUCGCUGAUGGCCCUCACUUACGUCAUAUCCUCCGCCUGUAACGGCAUCAUCGCUCUGCAGGUCCUCUACUACUGGAACAGCUCUCCAGAUCGCAAGAAGAAGAAGAAAAAGAAGAGCGAGUAAAAAGGACAGCCGCUAAACUUCUUUGAUAGAGCAACACUUUUCUUUCCAUGCCCGACUUCAGACAUUCUCAAAGAGGUGUCUUUAAAACUUGAACUAAUUGACUAUUGAAAUGCAUGUACAGAGCCACUGGCAAGUGUGGGACAUUGAUCUGCUGGACAAACACUUGACUUUGAAGUAAGAAUGUGAACAUAACAUGCCAAGCAGAUCUUCCAUGUGGGUCCACAGUUAGCUGGAUAUGUUGGUGGUGUUUAGCUGUGAGCAGGGCUGCAGGCUCCAGACCCCCGCUGUGCACUACACUGUUAUUACAUUCCUCUUGAUCCAGUUUUCCUCAGUACUGUCAGGCUGUGUUCACACCAGUGUGUUAAAAAAUUUGGAAACAGUUUGUGUACUUUCCCAUUGAUUUUUCAGGUUCUCUGAUUGCCCUUCAUAUUUUGUUGAAAUGAUUUAAAACAGUUUGGACCUUGGACACAAGUAAAGAAUGAUUUGUUGUUUUUAUCAUUUCACAUAAACAGAAUUCCACACUC